GCCCUUUUGUGUCAAUAUGUACACCUAUUCACCCGGCUAUUUACUGAAUGCCUUCAUAACUGAAAAUAGCUCUGACAUUUUCCAAAGGCAAAUAUGUAUUUUCUAUGUGACUACUGAGUCACAUCCAGAUUUCUGAACGGCGAGACUAUACAACUCAAGUCUUAGAUAAGUAGUACCUGUUAAAUUUCGAAAGACUCAACUUAAACGUACACCCAUCAUGAACGAGAUGCGACAGCAGAUUGGCCUUAUUGCUUCGCUACUGGUUGUUUUACCAAUCGCUUCUGCGAUGGUAACCCUUCGUCCAGUUGCUACCAUCUCCAUACCAUACGAAUAUAACGAAGAAGUUGGUCUUUAUGGCAUCGAUGAGGGCGCUUCAGAACAGUCUGGCUACGAUGCUACCAACAAAAUUGCCUACACAGGAGGUGACAAUUAUAUCCAUAUCACUGAUUGGUCAAAUGUGACCACGCCCACCAUUAUUCAUCGAAUGACUAUCGACUUUACAUGCAAUGACAUCGAGACCUGCGGCGACUUUGUUGCCUUCGUUCUUGAAGGAAAUACGAAAGUAGAUCCGGGUACUCUACAGAUUUACAGCCUUUACGACAAAACUGCAGAGACGUGGAACAGGCUUCUGGAAAUACCGAUCGGCAGCAAACCUGAUAUGCUUCAUUUCUCACACGAUUGCCUAACCAUCCUCGUUGCUAAUAAGGGAAUAGCGAAAGAAAAUGCUGAGAAGACGGCAUUGAUCAAUCCAGAGGGAACGAUAUCCAUUAUUCGACUUUCCCAUGAUGGCUCCACCUACAAUUCUACACUGCUCAACUUCACUCAAUUCAAUGACAGAGCUGAUGAAUACGUGGGAAAAGGCGUGCGUUAUUCUUACCGUGGACAAUUAGACGAUGGCGAACAUACAUUCUCACAAAAUAUGGAGCCUGAAUACAUUACAUAUAACAAAAAUGACACUAAAGCAUAUGUUGCAUUACAGAAAAACAACGCAAUCGCUGUCAUAGAUUUAACAACCGAUGAGAUAGAAGACAUCUAUCCACUUGGUGAAAAAAGCUGGAGUAGCCUCUACCUGGAUGCAAGCGACAAAGAUGGUGGGAUCGUUUUUCAACAAAACGACAUCUUUAGCUUCUUCCAGCCCGAUGGUAUCAAAUAUUUUGAAGUCGAUGGAGUAGGAUAUAUCAUCACAGCCAAUGAGGGCAAUAGUUUGGAUUAUGAACUGGGAAAUGAUGAGUGGACAGAAAGCCAAAGGGGGAAUGAUUUCAAAGAAGGGGAUUUUUCGUCAACAUUCAAUAGCGAUCUGAUAACUAACGUGAGUGACAAUGAAAUUCUAGGACGGCUUAUGUUCAGCAAAGUCGACGGUAAGGAUAACCAGGACAAAUUUGAGAAGCUUUUUUUCUUUGGAGCACGAGGGUUUUCCAUCUUCAGGGCCUCCAACAUGACACUCGUCUACGACAGUGGCGAUGAGGUGGAGAAGAUGAUAGCCAAGUUCUACCCUGACGUCUUCAACACGGACACGAAACCUGAUGAUGCCGACGAAGACAAACCAAUUGAUUUUUUUGACAAGCGCUCCGAUAACAAGGGUCCUGAAUGUGAAUCGGUAGAGAUCGGCGAACUCGAUGGACGUCGUAUCCUCUUCGUCGGUGUCGAUCGCACAUCGGUGAUCCUUAUUUACUCUCUUGAAGUCGGCCAGGUCGUACCGACGUUCGAAAGUGUGUAUCGAGCUGGUGGCAUAAACGAUACCUUCCAGAAUCUUCUUAACAAUGGCAACCUAGGUGACCUUGAUCCGGAAGAUAUGAAGUUCAUUCCUGGAUCCAAGAGUGUAACGGGAGUGGCCAUGUUGAUGGUUACGAGCACAGUAAGCGGAACUAUUUCUCUCUACGAGGUUUAUGACGAAAUACUUCAAACCAAUCCAACAGACGGUACGACGGCCGACCACACAAUCACCAUGACAACAGGAGGGAGUGACGCCAUUAUCUUCUUUUCCCCCAUCGUUUGUUGUAUCUCCUUGGUGCUUCAUUAUUUAUUUCAAUAGAUUCAUCGUGCAAGACGAACACAAUUUAGUGACGUGACAGGUAGAUUACCCAUGAAAAGACUACAUAGAGGAAGAUGUAAAUAAAAUUGAUGUUUGAGUGAAUGAACAUCAAAAUGAAAAGAUGAAGAAAUAUACUAAGAAAACAAUUUGAUUCCAACUUUUUGUGAAUGUUUUUUCUUUUUUU